AUGUAACCAUAAAUAUAUAGUCGGAGGCUCGUGGCGCUUGUAGUUUGUCGGGCCGGGUCGUCUCUGCAGAUUAACAAAUUAUAAAUUCGUGUAUAUUAACUUUAAGUGUAGGGCGACCCGAUUCCAAACCCGACCAGAGUACUUAAGUAUUAACGACAAUGUUGCAUUUAAAGAACAUUGCAAAAUCUGUGGUACCGCCCCUCAAGAAUUCUGUUCAAAAUGAAGGAGUCAAUAAUAUGUUCAGAAUUGCGCCCGCAGCUGUUAACGUUUGCUGCAGAACCUACGCAAGCCAUGAAAUUCCAGACAGGCUCAAGGAUGUGCCGACGAGUGCAAACCCAAGGUUCUUUGAUAUGGUUGAAUACUUCUUUCAUAGAGCCUGUCAAGUAAUAGAAGAUAAACUGGUGGAAGACGUAAAAUCUAGAGUAUCAACAGAAGAAAAGAAGAAAAAAGUCGCCGGUAUCCUGAAACUUAUGCAGCCAUGUGAUCAUAUCUUGGAAAUUCAAUUUCCACUUAAACGUGAUUCCGGUGAUUACGAAAUGAUUCUUGGGUACCGGGCGCAACACUCCUCGCACAGGACCCCUACAAAAGGAGGUAUACGAUUCUCAACCGACGUGACCAGAGAUGAAGUCAAGGCUCUAUCCGCUCUGAUGACGUUCAAGUGUGCGUGCGUCGAUGUGCCCUUCGGCGGCGCCAAGGCCGGCAUCAAGAUCAACCCCAAGGAAUACUCUGAACAUGAAUUAGAAAAGAUUACUCGUCGUUUCGCUCUCGAGCUUGCCAAAAAGGGUUUCAUCGGGCCUGGUGUAGAUGUGCCCGCUCCCGAUAUGGGCACAGGUGAGCGUGAGAUGUCCUGGAUCGCGGACACCUACGCCAAGACCAUUGGAUAUCAGGAUAUCAACGCCCACGCUUGUGUCACCGGCAAACCUAUCAAUCAGGGUGGCAUCCACGGCAGAGUGUCUGCUACCGGUAGGGGCGUUUUCCACGGCCUGGAGAACUUCAUCAACGAGGCAAACUACAUGAGCAUGAUCGGCACAACUCCGGGUUGGGGCGGCAAGACGUUCAUAGUGCAGGGCUUCGGUAACGUGGGUCUGCACACGUGCCGCUACCUCGUGCGGGCCGGCGCCACCUGCAUCGGCGUCAUCGAGCACGACGGCGCCAUACACAACCCUGAGGGAAUCGACCCUAAGGCGUUGGAGGACUACCGUAUCGAGAAGGGGACAAUCGUGGGCUUCCCCGGCGCUCAGGCGUACGAGGGCGAGAACAUGCUGUACGAGAAAUGCGACAUCCUCGUGCCAGCCGCCGUCGAACAAGUCAUUCACAAGGAGAAUGCACACAAGAUACAGGCUAAGAUCAUCGCGGAAGCUGCCAACGGGCCAACGACCCCCGCAGCCGACAAGAUCCUGAUCGACCGCAACAUCCUGGUCAUCCCUGACCUGUACAUCAACGCUGGUGGUGUGACAGUUUCCUUCUUCGAGUGGCUCAAGAACCUCAACCAUGUCUCAUACGGAAGACUCACCUUCAAAUACGAGCGCGACUCCAACCACCAUCUCUUGGAAUCCGUACAAGAAUCCCUAGAAAGACGCUUUGGUCGCGUCGGCGGCCGCAUCCCCGUGACGCCAUCCGAGGCCUUCCAGAAACGUAUCUCCGGCGCCUCCGAGAAAGAUAUCGUGCACUCCGGUCUCGACUACACCAUGGAGAGAUCUGCUAGGGCUAUUAUGAAGACCGCAAUGAAGUUCAACUUGGGUCUAGAUCUGAGAACCGCCGCGUACGCCAACUCCAUAGAGAAGAUAUUCACCACGUACGCCGACGCCGGCCUUGCAUUCUAAAUAAUUACUAUUUUACUUAAAAUUGGCUGCAUUUUGUAGACUCUCCAUUAGUAACCCCGAGCACAGCAUAAGACAUUUUAAUCACAGUAUUUUUUCUUUAUUGAAAUCAUGGCGUUUUAAUAUUAUUUUAAUUGUAAGCGAAAGUUGUAAUUUCGAUUUGUAUUGUCUUCAAUUUAAAUAAAUCUUGUUUUACUGUUA